UACUGCAAAACGUUCCCACUAAAUCGUAGUAGAAACAAGAGUUCCGGUUCCUACCCGUCAGCAUAAAGUGUCGGCUCAUCUUCCGGGCACGUUAUUGUUGCAUCAGCACCGAGCCAUCCUCAGUCUACAAUGUCGACCCCAGGAGAGUCAGCGUUUCCCUUCGGCCCCCUGCUCCAGAUCACAGACGCGGCUGAGCUCUCCGAAGCUCUGGACCGUUACUUGGAGACACGCAGUUACCUGAGCGGGUUUGCCCCCACCUGCAUCGACCACAAAACCAUUAAACUGCUUCGCACCCCCCCACCCCCACGACUCAAGCAUGCCCUCCGCUGGUACAGGCAUAUAACAGCACUGCAACCACAGGAAGACUCAGGGCAGGACUCGAACUGCAUGAAAGGGAAGCGCGUCCAGCCAUCCUGGUCAGCUCCAUCAGGCACUGAAGUCCCACAGCUCAGACUCUACAACAGCCUCACCAGGAGCAAGGAGCUGUUUGUUCCUCAGAAUGGAAACAAAGUGACGUGGUAUUGCUGUGGACCUACAGUGUACGACGCCUCACAUAUGGGGCAUGCCAGGUCGUACAUUUCCUUUGACAUUCUGCGGAGGAUACUGAAGGACUACUUUAAAUAUGAUGUCCUCUACUGCAUGAACAUCACAGACAUCGAUGAUAAGAUCAUUAAAAGAGCACGACAGAACUACCUUUUGGAGCAGUACAGAGACAAACAGCCUUCAGCAGCACAGAUCCUGCAGGACGUCCUGAGCGCCCGAGGGCCGUUCCAGUCGAGUCUGGCCUCCACCACUGACCCAGAUAAGAAGCAGAUGAUGGAGAGACUCGACACCGCUGUCACUUCUGCACUUCAGCCACUAGAGGCCGCUGUGAACAACAAGGCACCAGACACAGAGCUGCAGCCACUAGCACAGGCCCUGUUGGAGAGCUCGAAGGACCUGCUCUCUGAAUGGUUGGACAAACAGUUCGGGACCUCGGUCAUAGAAAACUCAAUCUUCUCCACUUUGCCCAAAUACUGGGAAUCUGAGUACCACAAGGACAUGGACGCACUCAAUGUCCUUCCCCCUGACGUCCUCACUCGGGUUAGUGAGUACGUGCCAGAGAUUGUGGAGUUUGUCGAGAGGAUCGUCAAAAAUGGAUAUGGAUAUGAAUCAAACGGCUCAGUCUAUUUUGACACUGCGAAGUUUGAUGGCAGCCCUCAGCACUCUUACGCAAAACUGGUCCCAGAGGCAGUGGGUGACCAGAAGGCCCUACAGGAGGGAGAGGGAGACCUGAGCAUCUCUGCAGACAGACUGAGUGAAAAGAAGUCUCAGAAUGACUUUGCCCUGUGGAAAGCCUCUAAACCUGGGGAACCGUCCUGGGACUCCCCCUGGGGCAAGGGCAGACCGGGCUGGCACAUCGAAUGCUCGGCGAUGGCUGGGACCAUUUUGGGAGAAUCUAUGGACAUUCACGGAGGAGGCUUUGACCUGCGUUUCCCUCACCAUGACAAUGAACUUGCUCAGUCUGAAGCCUACUUUGAUAAUGAUUACUGGGUGCGUUACUUCCUGCACACGGGGCAUCUGACCAUCGCUGGCUGCAAAAUGUCCAAAUCUCUGAAAAACUUCAUCACCAUUAAAGAUGCUCUAGCUAAAAACACAGCUCGUCAGCUCCGUUUGGCAUUCCUGAUGCAUGCCUGGAAAGACACUUUGGAUUAUUCCCCCAACACCAUGGAGUCAGCCGUGCAGUAUGAGAAGUUUAUGAAUGAGUUUUUUUUGAAUGUAAAAGACAUCCUCAGAGCGCCCACUGACAUCACAGGACGGUUUGAGAAAUGGGAGGAGCCAGAGGUUGAGCUGAACAACAGUUUCUAUGAGAGGAAGCGCUUGGUGCACGAGGCCCUGUGUGAUAAUAUGGACACUCGUACGGCUCUGGAGGAGAUGAGGGUCCUGGUUGGCCACAGCAACAGCUACGUCGCUAACAGGAAGAGUGCUAAACUACGACCCAACCGAAUGCUACUGGAAAGCAUAGCAACCUACCUCACAUACAUGCUCAAGGUCUUUGGUGCCAUUGAAGGAUCAGAGCCCAUUGGUUUCCCAGUUGGAGGACAAAGCCAAAGUGUGGAUUUGGAGAGAACAGUGAUGCCUUACCUCACAGUGCUGUCAGAUUUCAGAGAAAACAUUCGCAAAAUUGCCAGAGAACAGAAAGUGACUGAGUUGUUGCAGCUUUGUGAUGUGGUUCGUGAUGAUACUCUGCCAGAACUUGGCGUCAGACUGGAGGACCAUGAAGGACUGCCCACAGUGGUUAAGCUGGUCGACCGAGAAACACUGCUAAGGGAGAGAGAUGAGAAGAAGAAGUUGGAAGAGGAGAAGAUGAGAAAGAAGGAAGAGGCAGCUAAGAAGAAACGAGAGCAAGAGAUGGCUAAACUGGCUAAGAUGAAGAUCCCUCCAUGUGAAAUGUUCCGCUCAGAGACUGACAAAUAUUCAAAGUUUGAUGAAACGGGCUUCCCGACACAUGACGCAGAGGGCAAGGAGCUGAGCAAAGGCCAAGCCAAAAAACUGAGAAAACUCUUCGAAGCUCAGGAGAAACUGCACAACGAAUAUCUGCAGAUGAACCAAAACGGAAACUGAUAUAAAGACUUAAUGUUAAAUCUCCACAUCUUUAAAUAAUGGGGCCAUCCUAAUACAAUACAUCAUAUACAAUUGAAGCAAGUCCAUUUUUAUAUUUUGGAAACAAUGGAUGUAAUUAAAUGUUAUAGAACAGUUGAUAUGGUAGGAUUUGUAUGACAAAACUGGUGACUAUCUCUCACUGCCAUCUCUGCCAAUGAUUUCAUAUUUUUGGUAUUUUUCCAUUGGAAUUUAAAGCUACAUUGGAUAAUAAUAAUGGGUCAACUAUUAAUAAAAAAAGGCACAUUUGCAUGCAUUUUGAAUAUUGUGGGCAAAUAUUGUCUAAUUAAGUAAAAAUAUAGGCAGAAUUGUAUAAUUAACUUGUGCAAUAAAAAAAAAAAAAAAGGAAAACCACUACUCAUCAGAAACUGCUUACAAACCAUUUGUCAUCUGACAAAGCAAUUCUUGAAAAUUAAAUCCCUACUGUGUAAACAUUUCAGC